AUCGGCAUUCGCCCGCAGCUUCAGCAGACGUCAAUCAUCUAGCCAGAGGGAUGUCGUCUGUCGACAGCUAUUCGUGCGGCAGCCAGUCGACGCUUUCCGAAGACACCGAGCGGAUCUGGCAGCGCUACCUCGCCGGACGGAGGCGUGAGCCGCGGCUCGACUGCUCCGAGUGCGAAGCGGCCACCGCCAACCGUAACGUAGUUCGCAGUGGGACCAGCGUGCCCGAGCAGCGAUCGCGGAGGACGAGACGCUCGUCGCGACCGGACUCUUCGUUGUCCGGCGUUAACCAGUAUGGCUUCGCGGACACGGAGUCCCUGAUCGCCGGCCGAUCCUUCUCGAGCGAGGGCGACACCCAUGGUGCCCAGCGUCCACUGGGUGCGCGCCCUGUGCCUGGCGCUGAUGGCACUCUCCUCGGCGCUUUUCAUCGGCGCCGUCUCGUUGGCCCUGAUGCACUCGCUGCCGGCGACGUGGCCCACGCCAUCGUUCGGGGAUGCCAAGGUGCACGGCGCCGCCUCCGCAGCCAAUCCAAGCCAGGACAAGGCGGGGGGAUCUCCGGUGGUCCAGGAUGCGGCGAGGCUGGAAAAUGCACCGAAGGAGCACGUCAGGGUGCCUUCAGUGGCCCCUGCAACAACCCGCACAUCCACGCCAACGUUCGCUGGCACAGUUCUUCCAGAAGGCAAUGACGUGCAGGGCACGGCCGUUCAUCCAAGCGCUCGGCACGAGAAGCCGGACCGAUGCCAGCGCGUCUUCUAUAAGUUCUGCCUGAAACCCCGACGCGAGUUCUUCUUCAACCCGGCGGCCAACGCCUGCGUCGCACUGAGUGGCCGAGCCGGGGCCGAGGUUUGCAACCGGAGCCCGAACCGAUUCGUCACGGCUCUGGGCUGCUCGCGGCAGUGCGUUCGCACCAGGAAACCUGCCGCAAAGUGCAUGCAGACGGCGCUGCUCUCCGCGUGUGGCAGGGGCGACGUCGUGAACGGCAGCAACCUAUGGUUCUUCGACAGUCGCGGCUGCCACCGGUGGAACUUCCCGUCGGGCAAGUGCCCAUCCAGGGACGGCCAGCUGUUUUCCAGCGUCGGUCGCUGCCUGGACGCGUGUGUGCGCCGGCGCGCGGGCUCGGACGACUCCGUCCGUGCCUGCCGGACGCCGGCGCAGGCCACGUGCAACUCCCGGCAGCUCAAGUUUCCUUUCUUCGCCGCCGACUUUGGUGAAAACGGGGUGAUGCGUUGCCUGCCCACGUCUACGGCGGGCGAAGCGCCGCGCCGGUGUCUGGCUGGCGCCAACCGAUUCAGGACGAGGGCGGCUUGCAAAGCGGCCUGCGUUCGUGGAGGCCGCUAGGGAGCUUUCGCGGCCCCCUUAGCUAAAAGCUGGCUUCCC